AUGUCAUACUAUGAUAUUGACUCCAUAUUGACUGAUGCCCAGAAACUGCCCUGUACAUUCGAGCUCGAAGUACCUGGACUGGGCAUCUUGGAGGGCAAUCCUGGCGAGGAUAUCAAACCCGGAACCCGGAUCGAUCUGCCAUUAUGGCUGGGUGAAAUGCUCUCAAUUGGAGCACGACUGGGAACAUCCCGUCUGGUCACCCUCGACAUGCCCGAUGCCUUGUCGGAGCGGGUCAUGAAUGCGCUCAAAGCAGAACCCCGCACCGUUGACCUGCGCGCGCUGGCCGCGCACUUCUACAGUCUGAGUGAACGGGUUCUCGAAUUGUUUGAAGAGGAAGAAAUGGUGGAUGUCCUCAGCGAGACCUUCAAGCGACGAGCAGCAGAAAUUGCGGACCAGGCGCAUAAUCCGCGUGGUGCUGUGGGCGAGGGCGUUGAGUUCCUUCGGGGACUGGACGAAACCGAACGGCAAUUAUUCCGCGCCGCUCAUGACCGAGCGAAAGAAAUGCGGAUCUGGUCGGGCGAGGCGAAAAGAAAAUAA